CCCGCUGAAAGUUUUGAUGCGGCCACCGCUCCGCAUCUUAAUGCACAGAAAACGAAAGUACAACUAAUUAAUAGAGCAAUUAUUGAUUAAUUGUUUCAUCAUGGCAUGGUUCUAAAUAUAAAAUGUUCGUUAGGGUUCGCGAAGUUCGCGCGCAAUAGCCCACGAGUGAGCGGGCGGGCGGCGCGCGGGGCGGGCCGGGCGGCGACGGCGGCGCGUAUCGACCGCCCGCUUCAGUCGGCUGCCGUCGAGCGCGCGCUGCGCCGAGCGCGAGCGGCGAGCGCGCCCCCCGCGCCCCGCGCCCUCCGCCCGCACCCUCGCCGAGCCGGCAAACUCGACCGACCUCUUUCCGCUAACUAACGUCGCCCCGGCCCGGCCGCGCUUCCCGCCUCGUCGCGCGACGCGGGCGCUGACCGCUCUUUUCACUUUGUUGUUUUGUCAGAUAAAGUUUGUUCAGGUGUGGUGAGGAUCGGCUGGCGAUUGAGCUGGUGGGGUAGCGGUGUGAUGUGGCGGUGGACGCGCGGGCGAGCAUGGCGCGGCGCGGGCGCGUAGAGCGAUGGACUGCUGCGGCUACUCCGGCGCGGGCGGCUGGGCGGGCUGGGGCGGCUGGGGCGCGGCGCCCGCGCACUCGCACCAGUACUACGACCCCUACGCGCGGUACUACCGCUGCGACUACCCCGCGCCGCCCCACGCCACGCACCCCGACCAUGCCAUGCAAAUGGACUAUGGCACGUAUUCGUCGAAAGAGAUGCGCGUGCGCCGAGCGAUCGCGCGCCGCGACGCCCGCGCGCGCACCAAUCACCACGUCCCGUUGCCGCCUACUCCGCCCUUAGACUGCGGAAUGAGUGGGCGAGGGCCGGGCUACUGCGAACCACAGAUGUGGCACUAUUAUCAGAUGGGCAUGAUGAAUGGCAACGGCUGGGGCGGCGGCGGCUGGUCCUCCCCCGCGCUCUCCUGCGCGCGCGAGCAGAUGCGCUACACGCCAGACUUCAGAUCCAUCAAGGGCUCGUAUCCGCACCCGCCGAGCUUAGGGUACGGCGACGGGCGGUCGACUCCGUACUCCAUGUAUGAGGAUCAGUACAGCGGCGAAGCGUGCAUGCGAGCGACUGCGGAGGUGCCGGCGGUGGCGCCCCGAGUGGACCCGCGUCCCCCGCCCCCCGCGGAGAAGCCGCGGCCCGCCGUCGUCCCCCUCCCCGCCUUCCAGCAGGCCUUCGGCUCCACCGAGCGAGGCAAGUUCGCCGAAGCCUUCAGCCGCACCGAGAGCGCCCUCGAAGACGCCGCAGACUUCGACUUCGACUGGGACGCGCCCGAGCCGCAGUGGUCCCAACCCGCCCCACGCGAAAUCAAGUGUGAGGACACCACAUACUAGGUGUCCCCAAGAGGUGACGUCUUUGACAUAGUCGUAUUUUUUUAGUUACAACACCAUGUUGCCAAAUGAGUAGCGUUGCCGUAUUCGAUGUACCUAACGGAACAUUAGCAUGUGAUAUGAGAAUACUGUUACGAGAACAAAACCAAGUUAGCUGGUUUAAUUGUGGUGUGAAGUUUAAUUUAAAAUAUACAUACAUAUACAACAUAGGAUAUAUAUUAGCUAAUUUAGUUGUUCCCUAUUCCAAGUUUAGAGGAAACAUUAAAUGAUAAUGUAUUAGGUACAGAAAUUGCGUAGGAUAACUUGAAGCGCGACUCGAUGUGCCUUUACUCGCCAGCCCAGCCGCCCCCGCGCCCCGCGCCCCUCGCCCGCACCCUAAUUACAAUAGCAAUUAUUGGGACCAACCUUUAGACAAAUAUACACGACCCAGUUGCGUCGCAGGAUCGAUGGGCAAUAAAGCUCAACGAAAUUGUAUUGCUGAAAUUAACCUCAUGUUCACUGUAUUAGGAAACACUUACAAACUUACUCUGAUGUGUAUACUAUCUAACGAUAUAAGAGGCGAGGGGCGCUUUUUCUGAUACUUAACUUGUUUUCAUAUUUCAAUAUUUACUUUCUUUCCCAAAAGUGAGGCCUGGAGGAUGGAUUAAUGUCAGAAUAUAGUGCAGGGAUCAUGAGAGUAAUGUGUAAAAUACAAGUUAAGUAAAUGGGAUUCUAAAAGGGUUAUAAAACGCGGAAAGGCGAGACAACACAAUGAAACAAUCCAGCUAGAACGAAGUCAGCCCGUGUAUAUUUAGGUAGUCAAAUUUGAUAAACUUUUUAAAGGUAAUAACACUUAUGAAUAAAAUGGCUUUUUAAUUAAAUAAUUAGGGGUCCAACUAAGUUGAUGUCAGAUCUCUGUCUGGGUUUUAACGUGUUAGAAAAAUUCAUAACCAUGAAACAUAAUUCCCAAGUCCUGAUAGUCUUUAUAAUGCUGGAAUCCAUUCGUUGUUAGUAACUAUAAAAUGUACUUAGUAUUUAGUGUUAAACAAAGUAUAAUUUAGUAGACUACUUAUUGUUGUUUGUUUACGUUGAACCUGAAAAAUGUUAAAUGAAUGAGUUAAGUUAAAAUAAUUUGACUGUGAUAAAAUGAUUCCAUACAAUUUCAGUUCACAAAGAGUUCGAGACGCUAGUCUUAAAAUAUUAAAUGAAUUCGAUAGGAAUUAACUGAUUUGGUAAACAAGUGUGAAUAUUUUGUUUUAUAGCUCUCUUGGGAAUUAGGCAAAAUAAUAAACCAUGUGUUUUAUGAAAUGACCCUUAUUUGAAAUUAACACAAUUGAGUAUUUUUCAUCGCGACCUACCAUAUAAUUUUGACAACGAAUUAACUGAAAAAAGGGGUCACAAAACACAAUCAUGGCAUUUUUGCCAAUAAAAAUAAUGUAGUUAAACAUUAUAAUAAACUUGAUUCCAACUCGAAGAGCUCAUUAUACAUUUAAAUAUUAUAAAUUAUACAAUACAAAUAUUUUGGCGAGAUAAUUGCUUUGUUCGAGCUUAAGAGACUCAACUAACGUACGUUGGUAGUUUACUGUACCUACGUUGAUAAAUUAAAAAAUAACCUUCCAUUCUUGGUCUUCAUUUAAAAUACAGCGUUAUCAUGAAAAAAAUUGGACAAAGACAGCAAAAUUAUUGGAGUGCCUUACCUAUUAAAUAUAUGAGAUUAGGAUGAAUGAAUUUUAUUCUAGCAUAAUUCGAUGAAACACCAUAAUAAAUGAUAGUGUAUAAUACCUUCUUUUGAACCGAAUAAUUCACUUAAUAGUGCAUAUUAUAUUGUAUAAUGAAUUUAAUAAAAGUUAUUUAAUAAAAACAUAAUAUUUGCUAUGAAAGUAUCUUGUAGUGAAAUAAGAUCUGCACUAUUUAUUAUUCAAGUCUUACAAAUAAGCUAAAUUCUAUGCACUUCGUCGGUAUUGAAUUUCAACAUUAACUCAAAUACUUAACAUGCUUUUUUAAGUAUAAUAUUUUAAAUAACUUAAUUAGAAGUAUUUCUGAGACAUUCAGUUUGAAUUUAAUCUGCAAUAGUUACUGGGAUCAAUUUUCUAUCAAAAAAUCUUGUUUUUUUUAUUAUCUUGCACUUUAAAAUUAAAUAGCAAAAAAUACAGUACAAAUUGCUUCUCAUGACUAAUGUAAUCUUAAAAGUUUAUUGAUAUAAGGAAAAAAUCAAAUCAUUUGUAUCCAGUUUACUGAUCUAGGUUUGUUGCGCAGUAAAAGGAGGCCUCUACGACAUAAAGAAACAGUAUUAUGAAGGGGUUAUUCAUUUAAAUAAGUAAAUAAAUAUAAGUAUUAUUAGUUAACCAGUAUUUUAUUUGUGUAACAAUCAGAGAUACAAUGAUAAAGAAUCGGACCAAGGUGUUCCUAUGAAAUGUCGCCCAAAUUAAAUGAUGGGCUCUUUGGCAGAAAUUAAUAAGCAAUCUAUACACACAGUGUAAAUUUGAUUUCGGCAGUAAUUUACCUUGCUACGACUAUCACAACUGAGAUUUCCAACUGGGUUAGCUAGUAGUUCCGAUUCAUUUUCCAUUUUCUUUCAGCAUAUCUUGUGUAAUUAAGGUUUUAAAUGAUUUUUGAAAUUAGCUUGUGCCACAUGUGUGUGUAUAUAAUGAAACCUACACAUACAUCUCCUUAGAUUGACAAAUUGUUUUUUAUUUAAGACUUAGUUAUGAAGCUGUAAGAUUUCUACUAUUCUCUUCUUUGAAGUCAAAAUCAAAAUAAUAUAAAUGUUAGUGUGAUACAUAGUUCCAUGCAAUUCAACGUGUAUGAAAUAGUCCUACUUCUUUUGUAAACGACAACAAUAGAUUAAGUAACUCACAUUACAAAUUAAAAAAAUCAUUUCUUGAUUUAACUGACCCAGCGGCAUUGUGGAAAUCUUACAGCACUCAUAAUUACGCAAACCUACAUAAACAUACAUAAACUUUUCAGUAGUAAAGUGUAAUAAUUCUAAAUGUACUAUAGAGCUUCCUUUAGUGUCUCCAAGAACAAUGUCUACCAGCAUUGUCAUUAUGUGGUCGAAUCUUACGAUAUAUUCCAUUAUCGAUUGUGUAAUAAAUCACAGGAAUUUUGCUAAGUGUAGUCAAAUUUAUAUAUUGAAUGAUACGUUAUAAUAUUUAUGUAUUGGAUCUCAUUAUUUAUAUUGUUAUUUAGUAACUAUAUUUAAGGGAUGUUUGGAGUAAAAACAGUGUUAUUAUGAGAUCGUAUAUGAAAUGUUGACUCUCCAUAAUCUUUCUCAACUUUUCUUGACUAAAAUUUGAAUAAUGACUUAGUGGUAAUGUGGAAUGGCAACAGGAGAGCUACUAGUUGAGGAUAUUUCUGUAUACAAAGGUAUUUUAGGUAGUUUCAUUUCCAUUAUAUUUUAAGUUCUAACUACAUAUAAUAAUAUUAUGUAAUUUGUGUUACAUAUUUAAUUCUUACAAAAUUUCUUGCAUUAAUAAUCCGAAUCUAGCACCUUCUUGUAUAUAAAUACAUUGUUUAUAAGUUCAAUAUAUAUUGUCUUGUGUUGAUAGUGAAAUUAAUUGUUUAGGCCAAGGAAAAUAAUUAGCUCAUUAAGUUACAAAAUUCCAGAGUACUGAGCGAAAUUAUAAAUCAAAUUUUACGUGUAGCUAUAAUAAUGAACUGUAAAUAGUUAAUUAUAUUUUAAAUGUUUCACUCAUAUCAACCUAGAGAAACUGUUUUUAUUAGAAAAUUGUAAGGUUUUGAAUCCGAAACUUCAGAAAUGUUUGAUUUAUGGACGUCGAUUUAGUAUUAAAUAAAUACAUGGUACUGAC